AUGCCGCCUCCUCCUCCGCGCAAGCCAGAGUCAGGCGCCGCCAAUAAGGAAGAAAAUAUAUACAUCCCUUCCUUCAUUAGCAGGAAGCCAUUCUAUGCAGGUGAAGACGGUGACGACAAUGAUUACCUAAAACAUCAACGACGAGAGGAAAGAAAAGACUUAUCGACGCCAACAUGGUAUGACCGGGGCAGAAAGACCGGCCCAGCUGCGACAAAGUAUCGCAAAGGAGCUUGUGAAAACUGCGGCGCAAUGACGCACAAGGCAAAGGAUUGCUUGAGUCGUCCGAGAGCGAAAGGGGCGAAGUGGACCGGCAAAGACAUUCAAGCUGACGAAGUCGUACAAGACAUCAAACUCGGCUGGGAUGCCAAGCGCGACCGCUGGAAUGGCUAUGACUCCAAAGAGUACCGCAAUGUUGUUGAUGACUUCAACCAAAUGGAGGAACUUAGAAAGCAAUCACAAAAGGCCCAAAAUGGCGAUGAAGGAAUCGAAGAUGGCGACAAGUAUGCCGAAGAGAACGACAUGAGCAAACACCAAAGCACUGCUACUCGACAGCUACGAAUACGUGAGGACACUGCCAAGUAUCUACUGAACCUUGACCUUGAGUCCGCGAAAUACGACCCCAAGACGAGAGCGCUGGUAGACGGGGGAGCCACUGGUGGCAAAGUCGCAGAUCUUUACGCUGAAGAAGGGUUUCUGCGGUCGUCAGGUGAAGCGAGCGAAUUUGUAAUGGCGCAACGAUACGCAUGGGAAGCGCAAGAGAGGAGCGGUGACACGUCACAACAUUUACAAGCGAACCCGACUGCAGGGGCAUUUUCUCGACGAAAGGAGGAGGAAGAAAUGGAAAGGAAGCGUGCAGCGCGAGAAAAAGAACUGCUCGAGAAAUAUGGCGGAGAUGGCCAGCAAGCAGUGCCUGCCGCUUUACGAAGCAUGAUGAUUACCGAGUCAGAGAAAUUUGUGGAAUAUGACGAGUCGGGGUUAAUCAAGGGAGCACCACGCAAAGCUGCCAAAUCGAAAUAUGCGGAGGACGUCUUGAUCAACAAUCACACUUCGGUCUGGGGCAGUUGGUGGUCGAAUUUCAAAUGGGGCUAUGCAUGCUGUCACUCGUUCGUGAAGAACAGUUAUUGCACAGGAGAAGCGGGCAAGGUAGCCUGGGAAGCGGCAGAGCGUCAAAAAGCAGGAGGGAACUUGAUUGAAACCGCCCAGGUGGAAACCGAGUCUCCUGAUGAUGAACAAGUGGCUACCAAAGUAGUUGAGACUGGUCCGAGAAAACGCACACUCGAUCAUAUGUCUGGAGUGUCCGAAGCAGAGAUGGAUGAGUACCGCAGAAAGAGGGCUGCGGCGGACGAUCCGAUGGCCAACAUGCUAGGCAAGGACAAACUUUUGAGCUAG